AUGCUUGAGAAUGAUAAGAAAGCUUAUGACUUGGAGAAAAAGGCGUUUGCCAUACUUACGCAAGCACUUCACAAAGAAAUCUACCAUCAGUUUGGGUAUUGUAAGACCACAAAAAGCCUAUGGGAUGCGUUGGUGGCGAGAGGAGAAGGGAAUGCAGCGUCUAGGAAGACUCGCCAUGAUUUGUUAAAGAAAGAGUUUGAAUCAUUUCAGUUCUUGGAAAAUGAAACCUUAAAUGAUAUGACUUCACGUUUCUAUCAUUUGAUUAGUGAAAUGAGUUCUUACAAUGUUAAUGCUACCCAUCAAGAAAUGAUUGCACGGUUUGCUGAUGCUCUACCUCCUAAGUGGAGUCCAUUCAUUGAGCUUCUGAAACAUACGGGUGCACUGGAUGCAGCCAAUGCUAGUCUCUAUGAUUCAUUCAGAAGUUAG